AUGGGGAGCCUGCGCGGGGCGGCGUCGCCGAGCGCGGGGCGCUCACAGCUCCAUGCUCCCCUCCCCAGGUGGGCAGAAACCGGCGCUGGCUCCCGGGCGCCCUCCCGCCUCCCGGCGCCGCAUCGCCCGCCCGGCGGCCGCGGGAAGGUGGGCGAGCCUGGCGGCGGCCGGGGCCCCGCGUCCCGGCGCGAAGCUGCCCCGGGCACGGCCCCGCCGCUCCCCCUCGGCGCGCCCCCUCGUCCGCCCCGAGCUCGCGCCCGCAGAGCGCCUGUGCUCCGCCGAGGAGUCCCGAGCGAGCGGGCGGCGGCGGCCGGGGGAGGCGGCUCCGGGCCCUGCGCGCGCCCCGCCGGCGAGGAGGCGCUCGGAAACUUCUGCGCGGCGCCGGCCGCCCGCCCGCGCAGCUGCGGCCCCCGCCACCGGCGACAUGCAAAUAACUCGGGCGGCCCACCAAUCGGCUGCCGCGACGGCCGGGGGCUGCACCAAUCAUCUCCCAGAGGGGCGGCCACUAUGCAGAUUUCACUCCGCCGCGGGCGAAACCCCGUGGUGGCGGAGGCGGGGCCGGCGGUGGAGGAGGGGCGGGAGCGGGCGAGCCGGGAGCGGGGCGCAGAGGCCCGGGAGGGAGGCUUGGACUUGUCGGGCCCGGGGCGUCACCGUGCGCUGCCCCUUCCCGCCGUGCAGGCUUUGGGCGGUUACUACGGGAAGAACGCCAGGUUGAGAAAUGUCCCCAGCACUGGCCUGCGCUCGCUACACCUGGCCGAACGCGCCUCCUAA